AUGACAAGAAACAAAGUGAAACUUGCAUGGGUAGAGAAUGAAAGCUCAAGAGUGAUAAGUUUGAAGAAAAGAAGGUUGGGGUUGGUGAAAAAGGCGAGAGAACUAACUAUAUUGUGUGAUGUAAAGGGUUGUUUGAUAAUAUUCAGCCCCAAUGAGGUUGAGCCAACGGUGUGGCCAUCUCCUGAGGAGACUCAUGACCUCCUAGACGAUUUCUUUGCCUUACCGGAGAUCGAGAAGAGGAAGAGAGAGCUGGGCCUUGAAUCCUACCUCAAGGAUAAGACAAGAAAAGUUCAAGAGCAGUGGAGGAAGAAUCAUAAGAAGAACAUGGAGCAGGUGAUCGAUCAACUGAUGCUGCAACUACAUCACGGUCGAAGAUUUGGUGAUCUUAACUUGAACGAGAUCUAUAAACUGCUAUCUUUCUCAAAGGAUAAGAUCAUGCUUCUCAGGCGAAGGCUAGAUUCCAUGGAGCAUCCUCCUCUUCGCGAUCCACCGAUGCAUCCUUUUGAGGCGCAGCCCAAGGAGUACUCUAAUACCACCAAAAAUGAUGUUCUCGUGAUAGGAGGUGGUAAAGACGAUGAUAGAUCGGGGAAGAACGAUGAAGCAAUGCAAAGGGUUAACAUCGGUUCUGUACUAAGGGGCAAUCAAAGUCACUACUUGAUGGAUAAGUGGUUUGUUGCAUCUACUGAUGAACCACUCAACUCUCGAGUCCACCAGCGAGCCGGGAUUGAAGAUCCAAACCCUAGAAGUUAUCUUCCGUACCAAGGAAGUUAUCUUCCAUACCAAGGAAGUAGUAGCAAUGGAAACGCCAAUUGGGAGAUGGAGCCGAUUGGUCUCCCGGUGAUGAACUUCAGUGAUUUGCUUGGGUCAGUCUCUCAACCAUUACAACAUCAUCAUAACGUGGUCAAUAUUCCAAUAAUGGAUAUGAGUCAACCAAGGCAAUACCCUUUUAAUUUCAUGAGCCGUGGACUUGGAGUGAAAGAGGAAGGAAGCAACAUCAACAAUGGUGAUCCUCACUUUCACUGGAGCAACAGCAACACUAUGACGGCCAACAAUGGUUUCCGUCAAGAGCCACCACCACCUGAUAGAACAAGUGCUGAAGAAGGUAACGUUGAUGCGGCGUUGUUUGAUAUCAAUAUGGAUUGGCCGGGUAUCAACAAUCCUCAUUUCUAG